GUGAGAGAGAUUAUUAAAAAAAAAAUUGAGAAUAAUAAUUUCUGGGUUUUAUUUAGUGUAGUUUUUCUGGGUUUAUUUGGGUAAUUAAUGAGGAAAAGUAAGAGGGUUUUAUGAUAAUAUCGGAUCUGGGCUUUUGGUAGGGUUUAAGAGGAAAAGAAAAGUCGUGGUCUUUCUCACAUACACAGAUCCCUAUGGGAUAUAUGCUGCGGAUGCCCUCCAGCAUUUUGCUUUGCUUGCCGAAGCUUUAAAUAUAUUUAUAUUCUCUUUGUUUAGUUUCAAGAGACCACAGGUUCUUCUGUCUUUAGAGAGAGAGAGAGAGAGAGAGAGAGAGAGAGAGGAUCUUAUUAUAUAUGUGAGUGCAUAGAAGGGAGAGUUUCGAAGUUAGUUUUUCUUGGUGGAAGUUCAGAAGCUACGAGCUAGAGAACAAAAAACCAAGUUUUUUCUUUUUCUUAUGGGGAGGGAAGGAGAUUUUUGACAUGAUUAGAUUAUUUGCUGUCAAUGAUUGAGUAGAUUUUAGAAGCAAGAAGUUGAAAUCCAAAACCCCAAAAAAAAAGGAAGAGAGAGAAAGAAAGAAAGAGGAAGAUGAAGUCCAUGAAUGAUCAUAACAAUAACAACAAUGGUAGCAGUAACAGUAACAAUAACAACUGGUUUGGUUUUUCACUCUUACCCCACAUGAAAAUGGAGGAUGCUUCUUCUUCUUCCUGCUCAGCUGCCCUCCCAAGCAACAACAGCAGCUUCUACAACCUCAGCAGCUCUGGGCUCGGCUGCUAUGGAGUUGGAGAUAAUGGUAAUUUUCACUACUCUCCUCUCUCUGUAAUGCCUCUCAAAUCAGAUGGCUCUCUCUGCAUCAUGGAAGCUCUCGGAAGGUCACAAACAGAAGGAAUAAUGCCCAACACAUCCCCAAAACUGGAGGACUUUCUAGGAGGAGCAGCUCAUGAUUAUGUGAGUGAGGAGAGAGAAGCCAUGGCUCUGAGCUUAGACAGCUACUACAAUGCAGCGGCAGAGCAGCAGCAGCAGCAGAAUCAUCACAUUCCUGUCCAUUCCAAUUCCUACUACUCUGGAAUCCCAAUCCAAGGAAUCUACCAUAACCAGUUGGAGGAAGAACAUUCUAAGAAUACCCAAAUGACUCAAAUGCCAGAGGACUUGAAAACCUGCUGGGUUUCCAGGCAGUACUCUGCACACCCAGCUCUGGAGCACCACCACAUGAACAAUGUAACCAUGGUUGUUGAGAAUGGCGGUUCUGGGUCCGUUCAUGGAGGCAUGAACCGUGGCGAUUUGCAGUCGCUGACACUGUCCAUGAGCCCUGGAUCACAGACAAGCUGUGUGACGGCUCCAAAGCAGAUCUCUCCCACUCAGACAGAAUGUGCAGUGGCAGCCAUUGAAACAAAGAAGAGGGGCUGCGGAAAGCUUGGCCAGAAGCAGCCUGUUCACAGGAAGUCCAUUGACACAUUUGGGCAGAGAACCUCACAGUUUAGAGGUGUCACAAGGCAUAGAUGGACUGGAAGAUACGAGGCACAUCUGUGGGACAACAGCUGUAAGAAGGAAGGGCAAACCAGAAAAGGAAGGCAAGUUUAUCUUGGAGGUUAUGAUAUGGAGGAGAAAGCUGCUAGAGCAUAUGAUCUUGCUGCUCUUAAGUACUGGGGUUCUGCAACUCAUAUAAACUUUCCGUUGGACAAUUACACUGCACAACUUGAAGAGAUGAAGAAUAUGAGCCGGCAGGAAUAUGUUGCGCAUCUGAGAAGGAAAAGCAGUGGAUUUUCGAGAGGGGCUUCAAUGUACCGAGGCGUGACAAGACAUCACCAGCAUGGGCGAUGGCAAGCUAGGAUUGGCAGGGUUGCUGGAAACAAGGAUCUUUAUCUUGGAACUUUUGGCACCCAAGAGGAAGCUGCAGAAGCUUAUGACAUAGCAGCAAUCAAGUUCCGUGGCGCAAAUGCGGUCACCAACUUUGACAUUACCAAGUAUGAUGUCGAAAAAAUCAUGUCCAGCAAUACCCUACUUGCCGGAGAGUUUGCUAGGCGCACCAAGGUGAUCGAACCUAACAUCCUGGCCAUUGAGCAUAACCCACCAACACAGAACAAUGUUGAAGCCAAUCAAACCGAAAUCAACAAUGGGAAUAGCCUAGACUGGAAGAUGGCAUUGUACCAAUCUGCUGCACAGCAACAAGCAAACAGUUGUGCUCAAACAGUUGAUCAGAAAUCAAUCGGCUCAGGGAGCUAUAGAAACCCUUCCUUCUCAAUGGCAUUGGAGGAUUAUAUUGGAGUUGAAUCAGUGCACUCAAAUCAGACACUGAUGGAUGAAUCAGCUAGGGUUGGAGCUCACUUUUCGAAUCCAUCGUCGUUGGUUACAAGUUUGGGCAGCUCCAGAGAAGGAAGCCCUGAUAAAUCUGGCUCCAACAUGCUGUUUGCAAAACCUCCAUUGGCAUCAAAGUUUAUCAGUCCAACUGCCGCUGCAGCUGUUGGCUCCUGGUUCCCAUCAGCACAGCUGAGGCCGCCAGCUGUCUCCAUGUCUCAGUUGCCUCUCUUUGCUGCCUGGAAUGAGACCUAGAAAGCUCUGAUGUGUUCUGCUGAAAUGUCUUAGAAGUUGUUUGCAUGAACUAGGAAAAAUGGGAAGAAAUUAGUUAUGUUUAGGGAGGGAAAAAGAUAAAGUUGAUUAUGUUUAGGGUAAGUAAUUAGUGGAGGAAAUUCUGGAUUAAUCAAAAAGACAAUUGUGGGCCUUGGGUUCCACUUUUCUGUC